CAAGACAACGGAGACUAUUUUCCCAUUGGCCACCAGCGAAACCAACAUCCGGUUUGGGCGUAGGGCGGCGGAGCGGAGACCGCCAUGGUGCGAUUCAAGCACAGGUACCUGCUCUGCGAAUUGGUGUCUGAUGAUCCCCGCUGCCGCCUGAAUCUGGAGGACCGAGUGCUGAGCGGCCUCGUUCGAGACACGAUCGCUCGCGUGCACGGGACUUUCGGCGCAGCCUCCUGCUCCAUCGGCUUCGCAGUGAGAUACCUCAAUGCCUAUACUGGAAUAGUGCUACUUCGAUGCCGGAAGGAAUUCUACCAACUUGUGUGCUCGGCUCUUCCUUUCAUCACAUACUUGGAGAACAAAGGACACCGUUACCCGUGUUUUCUCAACACUUUACAUGUGGGAGGUACAAUUCGAACCUGUCAGAAGUUCCUGAUUCAUUACAACAGGAGACAGCUAUUGAUGUUAUUGCAGAACUGCACUGAUGAAGGAGAACGAGAAGCUAUCCAGAAAUCUGUCACAAGAAGCUGUUUACUAGAGGAGAGGUCAGAUGAGGAACAGCUUUCAGAUAGUGGUGGUGAGGAGCCUUCUGAAGCAAUGGAGUGAACUUCUGGAGGCUAUGCUGUGCCCAAGCUUCAGGGCCCACUUGGAACAGGACAUUCUGCAAGGCAGCAGCAUCUGCUACGGUUUCCCAAACUGGAUGACUGCUGACCAGAGGCCAAGUUUCAGCUUAAAAUGGAAGACCUGUUCACUUAAACUGAAGUCACUUUUACCUAGUAGUGUCUGGUUAAGUGGUUCUGCAGUUGGUGAAGCCCCUGUGGUUAUAGACAUCUCUGUAUCUCAUUGCCUGCCCGAGGAGUAGAUCUAUUAAAUGUCCUUGACCUCUGUA